AAGAAAAUGACCAAAUAUAUCUAAGGAAUUACAGACUGUGUGGUGUUGAAACAGAAUCAGCGGAAGAAGAGUGUGGAAAAAUGGGAGAAGAGAGAGAAGAUACACAGAGGCUGAAGCGAAUAGCGGCGGAUUCGUACGACUACGACAAUGACUCUCGAUGGCCUGAUUACUGGAGCAACGUCCUCAUCCCUCCGCACAUGGCCUCUCGUAACGACGUUGUUUCCCACUUCAAGCGCAAGUUCUACCAGCGCUACGUUGAUUCUGAUCUGAUGGUGGAACCAAUGUCAGUCGGUGCCAGUUCAUCCCAGCCUGCUCGUUCAUCAGCAACCUCAUCAACGACGCCCCCAACAAAUAAUCAACCUCGUGCAAGAAGUUCUGCAUCAACUAAUAGAACAUCGGGGACUACAUCCUCAACUGCAGGUGCAGCACCUUUGCGCUGGGAUCGGCAGACUAUUAUGUUUUCUGUCAAUGCUUGGGUGUUUGUUGUUGGUUUCCUAGCAACCAUUCCACUGGUACCGAAGCAUCUUUCUCAUAGGGCUUAUCGACUUUCUUUUCUGGGCACUACUUGCUCAUCUCUGUACUCUUUGUACUCGCAAUAUGGAAAGCCAAGAGCGUGGAAUAUGCAGGCCUUGCAAGUUUACUUUCAAUCAAUAACUGCUUCAAACGAUUUUAUAUACUUCAUCUUCUGCCUUACAUUUGUUACAUCUCAUCUUUGCCUUAAAUUUGCUUUAAUACCUAUCUUAUGUUGGUCACUUGAACAUGUUGCCAAGUUCCUGAGACGGAAUUUCAGUCGCUCGAUGUUGUACAGGAAGUACUUGGAAGAGCCUUGUGUUUGGGUGGAGUCAAACAACACUACCCUCAAUAUACUGACAUCGCAUGCUGAGAUUGGACUUGGAUUCCUGCUUAUCAUCUCAUUGUUCUCGUGGCAGCGGAACAUAAUACAAACAUUCAUGUACUGGCAGCUUUUGAAGCUUAUGUAUCAUGUUCCUGUUACCGCCCCUUACCAUCAAAGUGUCUGGGCUCAAAUUGGGAGGACGGUUAAUCCUGUCAUCCAACGCCACGUACCAUUCUUGAAGGCUCCUGUAACUGCAAUUCAAAGAUGGUGGCUAAGGUAGAAAGCUUGGCUAAAAAUGGUUUCAUAUGAAGACCAAGUAAACAUUUUUUGUUCCAUUUUCUUAAAAUACAGUUUGAUUUCACAUCAAGUGACCUGUUGGUUAUAUUACAAAAGACUGAAGUAGAUUGAGUUGAAUAAUUGAUCUAAUCCUGAAUGUUAGAUUGAUUGAGCAGUGUGUUCUUUUA